AUGGCAUUCUUUAAAAGAUUAUCUAGUUUUUUAUAUGGAGGUGCAAAUUCCUCACCAGAGACUCUCGUUGAAUACACUGGUUUGUUCUAUCAUUACUCGCGUGGUCAAUGGAGUUGUUUAUUCAAUGAAUGUGAAAUUGCAAUACUAAAGAAACCAGAUGUAAAUAAAUAUUCCUAUUGUGUUCAGGUGACUCGUAUCAUUGAGGAUGAGAGUCAGGCUGUGGCGGCAGACGAUGACGACGAACCAAACAGCUAUGAAUUCCCGAUUACCGUGGGAUUAGAGUUGUAUCGUGAGGAGGGUCCGCUCAAUGGCCCUGCUCUAUCGUGGCGUGGAACACAGACUCGUUUCAUGUUUGAGUUUGACCAGCAGAAUGACGAGCAAGCCGAGCAAAACGUUGAGAAACUACAGCAGUUGCUCUGCCAAUGCAUCUACGAGUCAAAGUUCCAACAGCACCACUCGAAUGCCGAGGCAUCGGAAGUCAACAGCUACUGCCGUAACGAGAGGACAGAGACAAUGCAGAAACUCGAAACUAAAGUAAAGACUGUACAGCCAACUGGUAGACAACAAGUAACAACCACAACUACCACCAGCAACACUCCAACAUCACCAGAACAACCAACAUCUAUAUACCCACAGGAGGGUGGAGAGGAAGUAGAGGUCGAACCAACCAAACUCAAUUUCGAGAAUAUUCGAUCUGCUUUGCCAACCGGUGAAGAACUAUUCCGUAGUCAUUGUUCACUCUAUCUUGAAACAGGUUCACAAUUCAACCUACAAGAUGCAGAUGUAUUUGUUUUAAUGAAUAAGACACGUACUACUCCUGUAAUUGAAUUUACUAAUAUCCCAUCAAAUCAUCUAAAUUACAAUGAUAUAGUCACAUUCUUUAUUGUUAAAAAUGAUAAAGUUAUUAUUUCACAAAUUAUCAACUCUGAUAUGUAUCCACAUUUCUUUAACGAGCAAAUAUCAUUCAUUUGGUUCUCUGGAAUUGGAAAUAACUAUACACGUUGGAGUAUAAGAUUCGACUCUGACAAAGAUUUUGAAUCAUUCAGAGAUAAAUUCACUGUUUUACAUUAUGAAGCAUCACAUCAAACUAAAUUUAAAGGAAAGAAAGAUGAUGUUUCAUAUUUAGCACGUGCACUGACAGAUGAUUAUGAAGAUCCAAAUAUUAUUUUCGAUACAGACGAUGGAUUUACAACAAAGGAUUUAGAGGAUUUCAGUGAUAUGAAGAUUUCAUCCUCUCAAGAGUUCACCGCACAAGAGCAUGACCAAUUGAGAAAAUUGGAAGCUGAAAUCGAGCGUCAGAAUGAAAGUGAUAUCGUCAGUGUCCAAAGUGAUGAUUUGGAUGAGGAAGACGAAGAUUCAAACGAAGUAGAGGAUGAAGAGCACGAGGAAGAUGAGGAAGAGGAAGAGGAAGAAGAGUCUGAAGGUGAACCAGGCAAAUUUGUAAAAAGACCAGACAAUGUAGUUUAUCAUGAACAAGAUGAGCAUGAAGGUGAUAAUGAAGAGGAAGAAGAUGAGGAGGAAGAUGAAGAUGAAGAAGAGGAAGAAGAAGAUCAAUCAGAUGACGAGCAAUCCGAAGCUGAUAUAGUUCAUCAAAAAUACAUAUCAACAAGAACACCAGUAAAGAAACCACCUCCAGCCAUUGUAGAGAGUGAGAGCGAGGAUGAAGAUGAAGAUGAAGAAGAGGAUUCAGAUGAGAGUGAAGAGGAAGAUGAAGUUCAAGGUGUUAAAAUGGAACAAGGUGGAAGUGGAGCAAAGAACAGUGAGCUCCUAGUAGGCUACAAAGAUAGAUCAUAUGUAGUUCGUGGCUCUAACAUUGGUGUAUUCAAUACUGGUGAGAAUGAUGUUCAGUUUAACUCUAUCAUUAAGGGUAUUUCUGAUAAGAACGGUCAGACUUUCUCACCAAAGAGACUGAUGCUGCAAAACCAAGAUUCAUCACUCUUGAUGCUCAACCCAACUUCAAAGAACAAAGUAUUUAAAAUGGAUCUAAACAGACCUGAUAUUGUACAAGAAUGGGAUUUGAAUUGGAAGAAUCAAAAUACAGUUGCCACUCAGAUCCUACCACAAAACAAGUUUGAUGAAACAACCAAUAGAGAAACAUUCGUUGGUAUGAAUGGAAACAAUUUGUUCUUGGUUGAUCCACGUCAAGGAAAAGAUAAGAUCACACAAAAAUUCUAUGGUGGUUCCAAUCCAAGCUCUAUUAAUACAUGUGGUGCCACCUCUGACCAAGGACACAUCGCACUCGGUACAAACAAAGGUGAAAUCAAGUUGUUCACAAAGACUCAGUUUGACACCAAGAAGAGAUCAUCCACUGCUGAAGAUCCACUCGGUAAGAUCCUUCGUUCGAGAACUACUCUACCUGGUAUUGGUGAUCCAAUCAUUGGUAUCGAUACAACUCAAGAUGGUAAAUGGGUAGUUGCAACCUGCAAACAAUAUCUAUUGAUCGUACCAGCUGAAACCAAAGAAGGAUUGAAUGGUUUUGAAGAUAGAUUAGGUGCUAAGAAGCCAACACCAAAGAGACUGCUAUUGAAACCAAACGAUUUGAAGAGAUUAGGUGGUAGAGUUUCAUUUACACCAGCCAAGUUUAACAUUGCACCUGGUGAUCAAUCCGAAACAUCGAUUGUAACAUCCUCCGACAUCUAUCAAAUGCAAGAGUUCAACACUGAGAUUAUUGCAGAUCAAUUCAAGUUUAAUCGUGACAACUCAAUCAUCGUUACUCUACCAAACGAUGUUUGUAUGUCAAAGAAAGUUUAUAAACCACAAUAA